ACAAAUCCUCUCUCUCUCUCUCUCUCUCUCAUCUCUUCCAUCUUUCUCUUCCACUUUGACCCUUUCUAUUUUCUACCUCCAUCGCUCCAUCUUUUCAUCUACCUGUAUCUAUCUUUGUGUGUGUAUAUAUAUGUGUGUGCAUAUAUAAAUGCACAUACAGUAUAUAGGGGGAUAUGGGUAUGCGGGAAAUGAGAUAUGGGUGGACAGACACCUUGAAGGGUGGCUGAUAGGAGAUGAAGUUAGCAGAGAUCGCGAGAGGAGAGAUAGAGAGAGAGGGGUUGAGGGGGUUUCUUUUUUUCUCCUUCAUUUCUGGGUGAAAGAGCAAGCAGGUAUUUACAGAUUUGAAGAAAGGAAGGAAACGGCGGGAUUUGUAGAGAGGAUUUAAUGUGGUGAUGGGAUUGACUGGUUGAAAAAUAAAACCUAAAUAGUAGAGAUGUACCUGGGAUUUUUACCAAAAAUGGGAGGGAUCAGAUCUGACCCAAAGAGAAGCUAGCUAGUUUUUUAAGGUCCCCAGCUAGCUGGUUUCUCCAUUUAUGUAUAAAUGGCGCAAGGGAUCUGCUAUAGUACUAUAUGGUUACUUGUAUAUAGGAUUAUUUGCUUAUAUGGGUGGUCAUAUAUAUAUGUAUAAAUAUUGAGCGAAAGAGAAAAAGAAAGAGGAGGAUGGAGACAGUAACGAAACACAAAGAGAGACUGACAGAAGAGAGUGAGCACACGCAGGCAAUUGUAUGAAGGCAUACCUUUGCGGGUGCGUGCUCACUUCUCUUUCUGUCAGCUACUUUCAGUUUCCCAAUUGUGUUUUCCUCCCCAGAAAAUUCCUACUAAAUUAAUCCGUUUCCGAUCUCGUUGACACCUGUCUCCCCCAUUAUAUGUUCUUCCUACAAGUGUCCAUGGUACCCAGAUUCACGAAUCGUAUAUAAAAAGUUAUUAUAUAUGUGUAUAUACUUUUCUUUAUACAGGAUAAAGCAAAGGAGGGCCACAUCAUCACGCUCAUCAUCACGCAGUACGCUUGUUCUUAUCUUCAAUCCUGAUUUCUCUUUCUACUGGGUAAGUUUCGUGAAAGAAGAAAGUAUCAGGAAUGUCUUGUUUUGAUAUAAGAGAUAUUUAAAAAAAUUAAUUUGGUUUUGUAUUUAAAAUAGUAAAUAGUUAGUACAGAAAUAUUAUUUUUAUAGUAAUUAAUUAUUCCUGUGAUGGAGCCUUAAGAGCGUGUCUUUUGAUGGUCCUCUUUCUUGAAGACGACGACCAAAGUAUCGGGGUUCUUGAAGGUACUACUUCUUACUGUUCAAAUUCUAACGGAAAACUCUGUGUUUUUCGGGGUUUGUAUGUCAAAUUUGUCAACCUACCUUCUGGAUCGUUGUUUUUCGGUUACCUUCUUCAAGAACUCCAAAACCCUUUUCUUCUUCUUCUUCUUCUUCUUCUUCUUCUUCUUCUUCUUCCUCCAUUUCCUUGCCCUUUCUCCCUAUUUUAUUCUCAGAUAACACCAUGUUACCCGGCUGUGAUAUUGGGACCUCUUUGAAUCGGCUUCUACAGAAGGUAAUUAAUUAAUGAAUUAAUUUCAGUUUACAUAUCUGGGUUUGGUGAUCAUGGCAAGCGGGAAUAUGAAGGAAGAAACCCAGAUAGAGGGAGAUCAGGAGUACUACCCGCCUGGAUCAAAUCUUCGGGUCAGUACGCCUGGGAGCCAGAAAUGGGAAUAUCUUGUUUGUUUCUUCUUCUUAUAAUAUACCGGCGCUAUUUUGAUUUUUCGCACCCAUGAUCAAUGAACUUUGAGAAAUUUCCAUAUGGAGCAGCACUUAUUGUUUGGUCUUGGGGGGCAACAAGCCGCUUUUAUCUGCUGCAUAUUAAUGAUCACUCAGCUAUCUAAAGGUUUUGGAGGAUUAAGAGGAGGAAAGUACGUGAAAAGCACAUUCUAAAGUGAAGGAUUGCAAUGGAAGAGGAAAUGCAGAGUGUUAUUUCAGUUGAUGAGAGAAAUAUGGUCGAGGAAAAUGUGGUAUUCGAAUAUUCUGAUUCGAACAGCAUCAAUCCGUCAAUGCCUAGCAACAAGUGCACAAAGCAUGGUUGGUCAAAAUUCAAAGGUCUUGUACCCCAGCCCAACGGACACUGGGGUGCUCAAAUCUAUAUCAACUACCAGAGGAUUUGGCUUGGAACAUUCAAAUCAGAAACUGAAGCAGCUAUGGCUUAUGAUAGCGCCGCCCUGAAGCUCCGGACUAAAGAUUCAGCACUAAACUUUGAAUUGACUAGCCUUAGCGUUAAGGAACUAACCUUUCAAGGCUUUUAUACCAAUGAAGAAGUGAUCAACAUGAUAAGGCACGGUACCUAUAAGUUCAACUUUGAUUGUUUCCUGAGGACUUGUGCUCAACAAGAGGACGGAGGUAUGAGCCAUAGUCUGGGAAGCUUGGGAGGCGAUGAAGGGACAAUGUGCAAGAAACUGUUUCAUAAGGAGCUGACACCAAGUGAUGUUAGUAAGCUAAACAGGCUUGUCAUCCCUAAGAAAUUUGCUGUCAAGAACUUCCCAAACAUCUCAGGGAAUGCCUACUACAAUGGCAAUUUAAGUGAUAUCCAACUAAUCUUUUAUGACAGGGACAUGAGGGUAUGGAAGUUUCGGUAUUGCUACUGGACUAGCAGCGAGAGUUAUGUUUUCACAAGGGGCUGGAAUCAGUUUGUGAAGGAUAAGCAAUUGAAGGCUGGUGAAAUUGUCACUUUCUAUGAAUGUACUCCGAGCAAGAAGACGAACGAGGAGGCUUCCAACAACUUCUGGGUCAUCGAUGUAGGCGAUGACCUUAGCUAUGACAUGGAUUUUCAAGUUCAUUUGAGGCAUGGUAAGUUCAAUUAUGACAAGGUUGAAGAGGAAUUUGCAGGAGAUGAAGUGAAUCAGCCAGUGAGGAAUGGUGAUGGGAAAAUGUUCAAGCUGUUUGGCGUUUGGAUCAUGUGAGACAUGGAUAUGCUGGUUUAUCCUUACCUUCUUUCCAUUUUAGAUGUCUUUGAGUUUAUUAUUGAAUUUGGUAUUGGAGAAACUAUUACAGUACUCUUUUUGGUAUGGUUUGGUGUCUCAAAUCAAUCUCAUAAUUAGGGUUUUGUACUCUUUUUAAGUUAUGGAGAAUUAGGGUUUGGUACUAGUGAUUUUGUUUUGUAGAUAAUUAGGGUUGUGGGUGGAUGGUGGGGCUUCUGGUGCUCCAAGGAAUAAGUGGAUUGAAUGUUUGAUUUGAUUGUUUUCAUGUUUUAAUGAGGAUUCCUGUUUUGAAAA